AUGGCAUUUGAAUCUCCUAUGAAGACCCCCAUUUGUUUAGUGGGAAACAGGAAUGAGCAGCUGACAGUGAAUUCAGAAGGCUUGAGGAUUCUUGAAAAUAUAUGUCAGCCUGUGGUGGUGGUGUCCACUGUAAGGACAUAUCGUACGGGGAAAUUCUACCUCAUGAAUCAUCUUGCAGGACAGAAUCAUGGCUUCCCCCUGGGUUCCACAGUGAGGGCUGAAACCAAGGGCAUCUGGAUGUGGUGUGUGCCCCACUCCAGCAAGCCAAACCACACCCUGGUCCUCCUGGACACUGAGGGUCUGGGUGAUGUGGAAAAGGGUAACCCUAAGAAUGACUCCUGGAUCUUUGUCCUGGCAGUGCUUCUUAGCAGCACCUUUGUCUACAACAGCAUGGGAASUAUUGACCACCAUGCCCUGGAGCAGCUACACUAUGUGACUGAACUAACACAACUAAUCAGGGCAAAAUCUGACCCCACACCAGAUGAAGUAGAGGACUCCUUUGAGUUUGUGAGUUUCUUUCCAGACUUUGUUUGGACUGUUCGAGAUUUCGCACUGGAACUGAAGUUGAAUGGACACCCCAUCACAGAAGAUGAGUACCUGRAGAAUGCUUUGAAGCUGAUUUCAGGAAAGAGUGAGAAAAUCCAAAAUUYCAACAGGUCUAGAGAGUGUAUCAGAUGUUUCUUUCCAAAACGAAAGUGCUUUGUCUUUGACUUGCCUAAGAGUGACAGAAGCCUUUAUCACAUUGAUAAAGUUCCACAAAACCAGCUGGAAAGAAAUUUUCAUGUGUAAUCAAAAAAUUUCUGUUCCUAUGUCUUCACCAAGGCAAAGACCAAGACCCUGAGAGGGGGAAUCAUUGUCACUGGAAAUUGGUUGGGGACUCUGGUGGAAACCUGUGUAAAUGCCAUCAACAAAGGAACCAUUCUUUGCUUGGAAAAAGUGACCACUCUGGCCCAGUGUGAGAACUCAGCAGCCCUGCAGAAGACAGCCAACUACUACAGUGAGCAGAUGGCCCAGCGGGUGCAGUUCCCCACAGACACACUCCAGGAGCUGCUGGAGGUGCACACAGCCUGUGAGAGGGAAGCCAUCGCAGUCUUCAUGGAGCAUUCCUUCAAGGAGGACAAGCAGGAGUUCCAGAAGAAGCUGGUGGACAUCAUAGAAAGAAAGAAGGAAGCUCUCUUGCUGCAGAAUGAGGAGGAAUCUUCUGAAUACUGCCGGGAUUGGCUGAUGUGGCAUUUAGAGCCCCUAAUGCUAAGCAUUUCAAGAGAAGAGUUCUCUGUUCCUGGAGGCCACAGUUUCUACUCAGGAGCAAAGAAGGCAAUAGAGCAGCACUACAGGCAAGUGCCCAGAAAAGGAAUAAACGCAAAGGAGGUCCUCCAGAGCUUCCUACACUCUCUGUCUGCCAUAGAAAAAUCUAUCCUGCAGUCAGAUAAAGCCCUCACUGAUGGACAGAAGGCCAUAAGAGACGAGCGAGCAAAGAAGGAKGCAGCUGAGAAGGAACAGGAGCUGCUAAGACAGCAGAGAAAGAGUAGCAGGAGGAUGGAGGCCCAAGAGAGAAGCUUCCAGAAAAAUAUGGAACAGCUUAAGGAGAAGAUGGAGAGAGAAAGGGAGAACAUUCUGAGAGAGCAGGAAAGGGUGCUGGAGCACAAGCUGAAGGUCCAAGAAGAACUGCUUAUUGAGGGAYUUAGAGAGAAGUCUGAGGCAUGA